AUGCGAAGGCGGACGCUCGUACCUCUGACUUCCAUUGAGUCAGCCAUGCCAGCCGCGAAGAGAGACGUUCGUGGCACCGUCUGGUUUGGGGGAAUGCGGCCGCUCGUGGUCUCUACGCAACAUGAACCUCCGAGCAAUGCCUCGCAUCGCGUCCCAAGCGACCAGACGUCCAGUCGUGCCACUUCUGGGCUGAACUGUCCACCGCCACAGCAUUUGACUCCCAAUCCGGCGCCCCGUGAAAUUCUAGCACGAAGCCCUUGGGAAAUAUAUGAACCUCGCGCCUGCAUCUACUAUGGGCGAAUCAUGGUGCUGGCUAGGCAUCGAAAGAAUAAGGCCACCUUAGUCCACAUCCAGAUGCAGGCCGUGGAGCGAUCGGCGAUAGAGAUGUGUGUCCAAAUGAUUGAUCGGCUAGCUCAUCGCAGUAUCCCGCGCCUUCUAGAUGUGUUCCAGUAUGCAGAACGAUAUCUUCUUAUGUGGGAGCCCUUCGAGUGCACUCUCCACGAAGCUUUAGCGCUGAGCUGUCGCAUCACCGAAAGUGAAGUGGCCCAGAUCUUGUGGCCAGUGUUCAGGUGCCUUCAAUUCUUACGCGGCCAGUCCAGGGAGCUGGCCAGCCUCACACCUCGAGAUAUCUUAUUCACCGAGGAGGGUGAAGUAAAAAUUGCGGGUAUCGAGAACAGUCGCCAAGUCGACCCUUCCCGUGCCGACGCAAUGACUUCUACAUUCAAUGCUCUCCGGUCGAUUUUCGAGAAGAUCAUGCAGAAAAAUGGCUCCAAUUUUACUUGGAGCCAGGAGAUCCGAAGCUUUCAAUCGGCGCUGGCCAAGAGCACCUCCGCGCGAUGCUUGGAUAAGUUGGUGCAACACACCUUUUUUGAGCAAGUGACCGGGGAGGGAGGCCUAAAGGUACUAGUAGAUUUGGCGAACAAGACCAUCUUCCACGAAAUCACAUUUCCGCCCGAGAACUCUCUUGCCAAGACUGCGCCACUAGGGAAGCCUGUGGAGCCGUCUACGACAUAG